CUCCGGCUGGACAGGCCGGUUCUGGAUUUUGACUUGCCCGUUCCAAACGCUUUGGGGGGUCGGCCGGUCCACGCUUCUUUCUUCGAGUCCCUGGCAGCAAGACUGCCGAGCUCAUCGCCCAGGAAGCGCCCACCCAUUCCGCAGUCGCCAGAGAGGGUCUUGGAUGCUCCGAAUCUCAUGAACGACUUUUACUACAACGUGCUCGACUGGUCGUCCUCUGGCUGCCUUGCUGUUGGUCUCGCCGAAACCUGCUAUCUAUGGACGGACUCAACCGGCCAGGUCGACACACUUCAGAGCCAACGAAACCGCGACGAUCAUAUCUCUUCCUGCGCCUUCUCCGUCGACGGCACCAAGGUCGCCGUGGGAACCCUGAGCGGCCUCUGCACCAUCUACGACGUCACUCCAGGAAGCGGAUACAUGGGCAAGCUGUUCAGCUGCCAGCAGUCAUACCCGGUCUGCGCCAUCUCAUGGAAUCGGCAAGGAGUUGUAUCUCUGGGCGACCGCUCCGGCAAGAUCCUCAACUACAACGGCAAGAACUCGAUCGGUCAGUGGAUCCAAACUUUUGGAGGCGCCCACACGGACCGGGUGGUGGGCUUGCGAUGGUGUCCUCAAGGCAGGCUCCUGGCCAGCGGCGGAAACGACAACCGAGUGUUUCUGUGGGAGAUUGGCAGAAGCAGCCCAAAGCUCGAGCUUGCAGGGCACUCAGCAGCUGUCCGAGCGAUAGCCUGGUGCCCAUGGCAAUACAAUCUGCUAGCUACAGGCGGAGGUCUUGACGAUCGAUGUAUUCGGUUCUGGAAUACCGAUACCGGAACAUGCGUGAAGAAAGUUCACACGGGCUCACAAGUCUGCGCCGUGCUCUGGUCAAAGUCGUAUCGAGAGCUCAUCUCGGCCCAAUACCGCGACGAGAACCAACUUAUUCUGUGGAGCUAUCCGUCGAUGGAACAGGUCGGCACAAUGCCUGGACACAAGGAACGACCGAUCCACAUGGCGCUCAGCCCGGACGGCCAAACAGUAGUGACGGCAGCGAGCGAUGAGAACCUCAAGUUCUGGAAGUGUUUCCCGAUCAAGCCCGGCCAAAAGCUCCUUGAGCCACCGGGCAAGUUGGUGACCGCCGAUGACCCAUUAACCAACUCGCUCCGCUAGCACGGGAUCGUCUAUGGCUACUUAAUCAUGUCUAUGUAUUGGCGCUGCGGGGACCAAAGGAGAGUACCGAUCGAGCGGAAAAGGCAGCACAUCGCUCGUCUUGGCCAGCCCAAGGGGAUAUGUACAAAAUGAUGUAACUUCAAAAUAUACAGUA